AUGAUCGAUAAAGAUGAUGACGAAGAUGAUUUUAUAUCUGAAGACGAUAACAAAAAAAAGACUGUUAAAAAGAUAAAAAAAGAUAAUAAUGACAAAAAUGACGCGAAAAAAAACUUAAAAUCUGGAAAACCUGAACAAAAGAAACUCACAUUUUUUAAAGGAUUCUUAAAUAGACCUAGUCCUUCUGCGCUUGGAUCGAAAGAAUUACCCAAAGGGGAAAAAAAUUGUCUUCAAGAUAAAACGUUUGCCUUUACUGGGGAAUUAACAUCGAUUACUAAGGAAAAAGCACAAGAUCUUGUGAAACAACAUGGAGGAAGAGUUACAACUUCAAUGAAUAAUACAACUAGUUUUGUCGUCCUUGGAGAUGAUCCUGGACCAAAGAAAUUGAAUAAGAUUGAAGAACUCAACAUCCCAACAUUGGAUGAAGAUGGACUUUUCAACCUAAUCAAGGAAUCACGUGGAAAUAGUGAACCAAGAUAUGCUGAAAGUCCUACUAACAUCACUACUACUAGUAAUAUCAUUAAUGGUAGUAGUAAUAGAAAAGGCAAAGCAAUUGCAAGUUUUGUUCGAGAGCCCAUCAGACAAUCAGCUCCACCUGAAAUAAUUGAUCCAAAACACCUAAUAUGGGUAGACAGGUAUCGGCCUAAUUCGCUUAAAGAAUUAUGUGGAAAUAAAACUUCUAUAGGAGCUUUGAAAACGUGGUUGCAUGACUGGGAAACAAACUUCAAAACAGGCUUUAAAUGUAAAGCUAAUGGUAAAUAUCCUGCUGUGUUAAUAUCUGGUCCACCAGGAAUCGGAAAGACAACUGCCGCUCAUCUUGUUGGUAAAGAUGAAGGCUAUGAUAUUAAAGAAUUCAAUGCUAGUGACGUUCGUAAUAAAAAGACUCUGGACUUGGCUAUCAAGAUUGCCACCGGCAACAUGUCUAUUACCAGUUUUUAUAAUUCAAAUGCUACAAAUGUUGCUGCCGUAACUGCUAGCUCGUUAUCAAAAGAUAAAGAGAAAUCUGAACCAUCACAUACUGAUCGAACAUUAAUAAUCAUGGAUGAAGUUGAUGGAAUGUCAACUGGUGAUAGGGGUGGCACUCAAGAGUUAAUUCAAAUAAUCAAAAAAUCAAAAGUACCAAUAAUCUGUAUUUGUAAUGAUAAUAAAUCACAAAAAAUGAAAUCUUUUACUAAUUUAUGCCAGGAAAUUAAAUUUCAAAGAGAGAACUUGAAAAUAAGUGGUAAUGUAGUUGAUGCAAUUAUCAAAGGAACAAACACCGAUAUACGUCAAGUCAUGAAUUUAUUAUCAUGUUGGAAGCUUUCAGAAAAUAGUAUCGAUUUUGAUCAAGGAAAACAAUUAAUAAAGAACUCGGAAAAGGAUAUAGUCUUGAAUGUUUGGGAUGCAUCAGCAAAAUUAUUUAAUCCGAUCACCUGGUUGCCUAACAACAAUAUCUCAUUAAACGAGAAGCUGGGUCUUUAUUUCCACGAUCCGGAUUUGGCCCCCUUGAUGAUACAGGAAAAUUAUAUUACCAAGCCUUGCGAAGUUGCUAGUAAAGAAUUCGUUUAUAAAAAUAUGAAUAGAAAUGUUGACCCAAAACUUAUCAAAGAACUUGCAGUGAUAGGUUGUUUAAGCAAGGCCGCUGACUUCAUAUCUAAAGGAGAUUUAAUUAGUGGAAUGAUACACGGAUCUCAACAACAAUGGUCUUUAAUGCCUUUUCAUGGUAUGGUAUCGACUGUAAUACCUAGUUAUUAUUCUUGUGGUAGAGGCCAAUAUCAUUUCCCUAGUUGGUUGGGACAAAAUAGCAAAGCAAUGAGAAAUAAAAGAGCAUUGAGUAAAAUUCAAAGCAAGUUAAGAUUAAAAUGUAACGCUAAUAAAGAUGAGAUUUUAAUGGACUAUAUUCCUGCCUUGCUUACAAAACUAUACCAUCCGUUAAUUGAUGAAUAUGGUUUAACAAAAGAAGAUUGGGAAACCAUUAUUGAAUUGGGUAUGGGAAGCAAAUUUGAAGCCGCAAUGAAAAAAAUUAAUUCGAAAACUAAAACCAAUCUUACAAAAAGGUACAAUGUUACUCAUCAACCUAUGAUUUCUGUAAAAAAAGGAAAACAUGUUGAUUUUUAA